AUGGCUAGCCCCCUUUCCCGGACCGAGAGUGAGACUGAUCGACGGACUGGACAUCGAUAUCGAUUCUGGUUGAGCUAUCCCGAGGAACUGGGACCGGAGCAGGACUAUACCACCCGAGAGAUCGAGAGACAGAUCACCAAGAUCGUCAACGAUGGUGGUUUCAAGUUUAGGGUCUUCUUUGUCGCCGCCUCUGGCUUCCUGGCAUCGUCCUACAGUCUCUUUGCCGUCGACUUUCUCUCAAUUGCUUUGUUUUACGUCUACCCACCCAAUGAUAGGCUGGGAAGAGAUCCUAGCCUGGUGAUUGACGAGCUUACCCUCGUUGGCACCAUCCUGGGUAUGCUGGUGAUGGGUCAUCUUGCUGACCGUUCUGGACGAAAGAAGUGGUACGGGGCAGAGCUCGCUAUUCUGAUUGUUGCUACCAUGGGCAUGGUGCAGUCAUCUGAGGGCCUGAUGGCGGAGAAUGGCAAUGGACCUGACAGAUCGAUGAGUAUCUACUCCUGGGUAUCCUGGUGGCGGUUCCUGCUCGGGUUUGGCAUCGGUGCUGAAUAUCCUCUAUCGAGUAUCAUCACUGCCGAGUGGGCAUCGACUCAGUCCCGAGGCAUCAUGCUGUCGGCAGUAUUCUCCAUGCAGUCAUUUGGGCGCCUCCUGUCUUUAGGAGUUAGUCUAGGCGCCCUUCGCACCACACUUGGGAACUGGGAUCCCGAGGAUGAGGCAGGACACAAGUUGGUCGCCGACCAGGUCUGGCGAUGGACAGUCGGUGUUGCCCUCAUCCCAGCCGCCAUAGCCAUCGUACUUCGUCUCACAAUUCCCGAGACCCCACGAUUCUACGCGGCCAUCAUGAAGGACUCACGAAAGGGUGUGCUGACUGCCAUGAGGCUCUACCCCCGCAACGGAACCGGCCAAGAGGCUCAGGAACUCAAUGCCGCUCCGACACAAGAGCAAGACGACCGCGACAAGCCCUGGCACGCCUGGUACUCUACCGCCUGGGAAUACUUGACAGGUCCCAAGCAAGGUUGGAGACCUCUUUUUAUCAUUUCUCUCCUCUGGGCUAUCAUGGACGUCCCCUGGUACGGGUUGACGAUGGACUUGAGCAGCGCCUUGGCCACACUGUAUCACCGCCCAGGCCCUAAAGAAUGUGCCGGGAUUGCGUUUCAUACAUUUGGAGACUUCCCCGAGUCGAAACUACAAGGCAAUGGUACUUGCGAAACGCAGAGGUGGAAUAAGGAUUACUGGAACCUCCACAACACCAUUGAUGGAAUGAUCGAGCAGAAUGCCAUGAGGUCCAUCCUGACUGUGUCGAUUGCCUCUAUCCUUGGCAGUCUUGGGUCUAUCCUCAUCAUUGACUUCUUCCGCAGAAAGGUGAUCCUCAUCGUCACCUUCUUUGUGAUCAGCAUCCUUCUGGCAAUCACCGGCGCGACGCUUCUCACCGACAAGGAAGGAGAAGGGCAUAUUGCGGCCAUUAUCUGCUAUGCGAUUCUUCAAUUCGUCUUCAACAUUGGUCCAAACACGCUCAUCUUUGUCCUCGCUGCGGAGAUCUUCCCAACAACCUACCGAGGAACCUUUAACGGCAUCGCGGCAGCAUCGGGCAAGAUGGGGGCCAUCUUGAUCCGUGGCAUCAUCUCUGCGUGGAAGAGCCGGGAGAGGGCACUUGGAAUCAGACUGCUUGCCUUGAUACCCUUGAUGCUUCUGUCGGCAUGGAUUUCUUGGUAUAUCCCAGAUGUGCAGUAUUUGCCCAAGUCCCAGGCAUCUUCCGAGGAGGAAGUGGCUGAGCGACCGCCAACUAAUGGCCAGUUGCCCGGCUCUAUCAGACCUGCCGACCGGCCUCUAUCAGAUGCCACCUCAGAAACGUCUUCUUCAGAUGCCUCUGUUACCCCGCGACCAACCUCAGCCGGUGGCAAGCCAGGUCUUUUUAGCAGACUGCAGAACAUUCCCCUUGAGAACAUUGCGCCAAGCCCAACCCAGGUUGACAGAAGAAAGAGGAGCACUGAAGGAUCAUCAACACGCUGA